AUGGCUCCACCAAUGAAGACUGGUAGACGCAACCUCUCCUAUACAUUCCCGAAUCUGAAUCUGGAUUCUCUUGAGUGUUUAGCAAAGAAGAUUACGCCAGAUGAGUCAACCAAGUUCCGAGAAAAAUAUGGGUAUAUUCUGAGUCUUCUCAAGAUGCCGUUCACCAAGUACGAGCAAGAGGGAGUUCAUACCUUGCUUCAGUUCUAUAAUCCUUCCCUCCGCUGCUUCACGUUCUCCGAAUACCUCUUGGUUCCUACAUUAGAGGAGUAUUCUCUUUUCCUCGGUGUGCCGGUCAAAAAAGAAGAAGUUCCAUACUAUGGCACCAUGGAGGCCCCUACUUCCCUUGAAAUUUCUAAAGUUCUUUAUUUGAGCAAGUCAGUCGUGGAAGCAAAUCUAUCCAAAAAGGGAGGAUGUCUUGGUUUUCGUAUGGAGUUUCUGGUUCAAAAAGCUUGUGAUGCUGUUGAGAAUGUGGCUAACUUUGUUGACAUGAACGCAAUUCAUAUAUUCAUUCUGCAAAACCCGGUUCAUACGUUUUUGGGGGAUGUUUAUCACUCCGUUCAUCACAAGAAUAGUCAGAAAGGGGGUUUCGUUAGAUGCUGUGCUCCGUUGUUGUAUCGUUGGUUCAGAUCACAUUUACCUGAGUGUGGCGCUUUCGUUGAUAAUAGGCACACAUCUAAAUGGGCUGAGAGGAUUAUGGGGCUGAGGGCCAAAGAUAUUGUCUGGUAUAAUAGAGCUUUAUAUGACAUGGAAGUUAUUAUGAGUUGCGGAAAGUUCAAUAAUGUACCUCUCAUGGGUCUUAGAGGUGGAAUCAAUUACAAUCCUAUCUUGGCCAGAAGAACAUUUGGGUACGCUUUUGUAAGUCCUCCUGAACAAACAGAGAUUGCUGAGACUAUUUUCUAUGAUUCGGCCACGGACAAUGGGAAAAUGGCCGAAGCGGUGCAAGCUUGGAAGAGUAUUUGUUGGAGAGAUAAGAAACAUUUUGGCCAGAGAGAUUGUGCUACUUACGAGGAUUAUACUAAGUGGGUCGAAUCUGUGGCUGAUGCUCAAGGGAUGCCUUUCCCUCCUAAAGACCCUUUGUACCCCCCUGCUGGUGAACAACCCAACAUCGUCUCCAUGCCUCGUUAUGACCAAACUGUGGAUCAGAAUCGAAGAUUGACUGAACAGAUGGAAACGAUGCAUGUUAAGAUGAAUACUGCUCGGCAAGAGAAGCUUUCCGCACUCCAUAAGUUGAAAUUAAGAGAAAUAGAGCUCGAAGAAUUAUAUGCUAGAGGGAGCACUUCUUAG